AUAGAGCCAAGUAAAGUAUUGCGGCGAGCUUUUCUACAUUUAUAUGUCAAGCAAAGAAUUUAAUGAUUACUCUCACACCAUCUAUCUGUGUAUAAAUUGAGAGUUCAUACAUCCACAGGAGACCAAUGAUCAGAAAAUCUAUCACUUAAUUAAUUGUUAUCAAAUAUGGCAGCUGAAUUUCUGCUCACUUUCGCUGCUGAGGGAAUUCUGACCAAGGUGUCUUCACUUGCCUCUCAAGAACUCACUCUUGCAUGGGGGUUCAAGGCCGAACUGAAGAAGCUCGGGAAGUCCUUAUCCAUUAUUCAAGAUUUCUUACACGGGGCUGCCGAUCAGAAACCACAAGAUCAUCAGGGCAAGGCAGUAGAGGAGUGGGUCAAGAAACUGAAAGACAUAGCUCACGAGGCUGAUGAUGUUUUGGAUGAAUUCAACUAUGAAGUUCUCCGGCGCAAAGUGGAACUGCAAAACCACAUGAAGAGAGGUACUCAACUUCCUUUCUGCCUCUAAUCCCCUUUUGUUUCGUCUCAAAAUGGCGCAUAAGAUUAAGAAGAUCAAUGACUCUUUGGUGGAGCUUAAGAAGGAGGCAUCUUUCAUCAACUUGGUUGCAAAGAGAAGAGAUUCAACCCCUGGAGGGAAAGGCCCGGAUCGACAAACGGACUCAUCUUUUGAGAAGGAUGAAAAGGUUUUUGGAAGGGAGGAUGUUGUGUCAAAAAUAGUUGAGAGCUUGACCAACUCCAACAAACAGCAGGAUCUUUCGGUUAUGGCCAUUGUUGGAAUGCCUGGACUGGGAAAGACGACUUUGGCUAAAUCAGUGUACAAUGAACCUGCCAUAGAUACACAUUUCAAUAAGAAAAUAUGGGUGUGCGUAUCUAAUACUUUUGAUGUCGAUGUGAUUUUAAGCCAUAUGUUAGAAUCACUAACGAGGCAUAAUACAGGAAUGAAAAAUCGAAGUCCAUUGAUUGAUUCUCUUAAAGAUGAGUUGACAGGGAAGAAAUAUGUUCUUAUACUAGAUGAUGUAUGGAGCGAGGAUGAAUCAAAAUGGGAGAGUUUGAAGAGUUGUUUGUCAAAGCUGAAUUCUUCUCCGGGAAGCAGCAUUAUCAUCACCACCCGCAGUGCCGAUGUGGCAUCAAUUGCUGAAACAGCUAUUGCUGAAACACUUCCCAGACUUGAACUGACAAUUUUAUCAACAGGGGAAUGUUGGUCCAUUUUGAAGCAAAGAGCGAAUUAUAUGAAUGAUGUCAUUGAUGCAGAUCGAGAAAGAAUUGGGAGGGCGAUUGCUGAAAAGUGUGGAGGCAUACCCUUAGUGGCAAAGGUUUUGGGAGGCAUAAUGCGUUCUAAAACUAGUAGAGAUGAUUGGUUGUCAAUUCAAGAAAGUGAAAUAUGGAAACUACCUAAAGCAGAGGAUAAAAUCAUGUUGGUAUUGAAGUUGAGUUUUGAUAAUUUGAAGUCACCGCCUUUGAAGCAAUGUUUUGCAUAUUGCUCGCUGUUGAGGAAAGAUUUUGAAAUUGAAAGAGAUAAUUUGAUCCAACUUUGGAUGGCUCAGGGAUUACUCCAACCUUCAACCGACAAAAUUCAUCAUGAAAUAGAGGACACGGGCGAUGAGUAUUUUAGUAUUCUAUUGAAAAAUUCCUUAUUUCAAGAGGUAACUGAAGGUGGCAGUAUUACCAAGUACACAAUGCACGAUCUUGUGCAUGAUCUAGCAGAAGAAGUAUCCAAAAGUGAGAGCUUGACACGAGAUUUGAAAGAUAAAUGUGGGGUUCGACAUGUUGCGCAUAUUCCUACUUCAACACUAGCAAACAUGUCAGAAGUAACUGUUGGGAGAUUGCACUCACUAUUUUCAAAUGAUCAGGUCCCAGAUAUCAUUUUCUCCAAGUUUAGAGCAUUGCGGGUCUUAAGUUUACAAGAGGCAAAAAUUCAAGAGUUGUCAAAUUCAUUUGGCAAGAUGAAGCACUUGAGGUAUCUAGACAUCUCGUAUACAGGAAUCAAAGCACUUCCCAAGUCAAUUGGCAAGCUGUAUAACCUUCAAACAUUGAGAAUGCAGGAAACUGAUUAUCUCAAAGAGGUUCCAAGGGAAAUGCAAAACUUGAUCAACUUGAGGCAUCUUUAUUUUGAUAAGACAAUGGAAUUUCCAGCCGGAUUAUUGCGGGGAUUAACUAAUCUCCGAACAUUGUCUUACUUUAAUGUGGGUAAGGAGAUGGGUGUUGGAAUUGAGGAAUUGGUUGGCUUGAACCACUUGAAAGGUGAAUUAAUCAUUCGUAAUCUGGAAAAUAUAAGGGAUGAAGAAGAAGCGAAGAAGGCAAAAUUAGAGGACAAGAAAAAUGUACUGGAGCUAAGUUAUGUAUGGGCAAGAAGCAGAAGCAAUCCAGAAGGUUUGGAGAGUAGGCCAAGCAGCGACUUUCAUGACGAGAAUGUACUAGAAGGACUCAAACCACAUACCAAGUUGGAGAGCUUGAGCAUUGAAAACUUCAUGGGUGAUAAAUUUCCUUCAUGGAUGAUGAGAAACCCUUUGCCUCUCAACAAUUUGAAGAAGGUCCUCCUUUUUGGCUGUCGCAGAUGCGAAGGGCUCCCAAUACUAGGCCAUCUACCGGGUCUUGGACAUGUCGAGAUUUCUGGAAUGCAUAACCUAAAACUCUUGGGAAGUGAAUUUUAUGGUUACAAUCAUGUUUACGAGGCUGCUGUGGCUACCCGAGAGAAGGUCUUAUUUCCAGCACUGAAAACAUUAAGCAUUGUAGGGUGCGGUGAGCUAACUGAAUGGAUGGAAGCACCCACAACGAUGACAUCGUCAACAAGUAAAGUAGUGGUGUUCCCUUGCUUGGAGGAGUUGGCUCUCGGGGGUUGUCCCUUAUUGAGAAAUGCUCCAAGUCAUUUCCCAUCUCUCAAGGAGUUGUGGAUAUGGGUCAUGGGCAGCGAGAAGCCGAUGGCAAGUAUAUGCAAUGAAGUGAGCACUCUGACUUCUCUCUAUAUAGAAAAAAUCAAGGGGCUUACUUCGCUGUCCUCAGGGAUGCUGAAGAAGAACAAGAAUCUCACAUCUUUGGUGAUCUGGAGUUGUGAUGAGAUGAUUCAUAUUGCUCCAAAUGUAUUUGGCUGCUGCGCAAAUCUUAGGGAGCUGACCAUUGGGGGUUGUAAAAAACUGGAGCAGCUAGCCGAGGGUCUAGACACGCUCCCUCUUCUCAGAAGUUGA